GUUCGACAUUUCACGACGAGAAACUUCGACAUUCAGCUUCUUCAAGGUCGGCAUCAACAUCGACAACAUCGCAACCAGUCACCAUGUCGUCCGCCAAAGUCAAGACCGGCCAGCUCUGGGGCAAGAGCAAAGAAGACCUCACCAAGCAGCUCGAUGAGCUGAAGACCGAGUUGGGCCAGCUCCGUGUCCAGAAGAUCGCUGGAGGUUCCUCUUCGAAGCUCACCAGAAUUCACGAUCUCCGCAAAUCCAUUGCAAAGGUCCUCACAGUCAUCAACGCCAACCAGCGCUCACAACUCCGCCUCUUCUACAAGAACAAGAAAUACCUCCCACUUGACCUCCGAGCAAAGAAGACCCGCGCCAUCCGACGACGACUUACCCCACACCAGGCCGCCCUCAAGACCGAGAAGCAGAAGAAGAAGGAGAUGCACUUCCCCCAGAGGAAAUAUGCCGUCAAGGCAUAAACGUUUCCUUAUUUCCCUCUGGUUCAAAGUUUCAAAAAGCGGCGCAUUCCCUCUUCGGUUGAGCUUGCUGCGUCUUUUAUGAAUAGCUGUGGAUGUAUCAAUAGAAGAUGCAAUGACGCGGCAAUUAUGAAAAAUGGAAAAAUAAUUCAUUGAACUUCAGCUCUUCCAACAAUUCCCUACCUUCGACGUACCACUCGGUUUUAAUAUUGCUGAGGAGAUGCACGCUUUUCAUACAUGGGCGAACUGGCUGCUCGGAUGUGGUUCAUAUUAGAUACCAAUGGGCUUUGAUAGGAUCAUCUACUAUU